AUUUUUGUGUCAAACACACACACAAAACAGUAUUGAGAGCUAGAGUUUACACUACUUCACUAUUCUUUUUCCAAUGGAUUCUUUCUCAACAUCUUCACUUUCCCCUUAUUAUCAUCUCAUUUUCACUAUCUUAGCCUUUGUUCUUUCAGGCCUGAUUUUCUUGUUCUCCAAAAAAGGCAAAUCAAAGAAACUAAAUUUGCCUCCCGGGCCACCGGGAUGGCCGGUAGUCGGUAACCUUUUUCAAGUCGCACGUUCCGGAAAACCGUUUUUCCAGUACGUGCGAGAGCUUCGUCCGAAAUACGGUUCCAUUUUUACCCUCAGGAUGGGUACAAGGACCAUGAUCAUUGUCAGUAACGCGGACUUGGUCCACGAAGCACUGGUCCAAAAAGGUCAGGUUUUCGCGAGCAGGCCUCGCGAAAACCCCACCAGGACAGUGUUUAGUUGUGACAAGUUCACAGUCAACGCGGCCGUAUACGGGCCCGUUUGGAGGUCAUUGAGAAAAAACAUGGUCCAAAACGGGCUUAGUUCCAUGAAGCUAAAGGAGUUUCGGGCCGUAAGGAAAACUGCAAUGGACAAAAUGAUUGAGAAAAUAUGGGCCGAGGCCCGGGAAAAUGACGGCGUAGUCUGGGUGUUGAAAAAUGCCCGGUUCGCCGUCUUCUGCAUCCUUCUAGCUAUGUGUUUCGGGGUCGAGAUGGAUGAGAAAACGAUUGAAACAAUCGAUCAGAUGAUGAAAACUGUGUUGAUGGUUCUUGAUCCAAGAUUGGAUGAUUAUUUACCGAUUUUGAGCCCGUUUUUCUCAAAACAAAGAAAACGGGCCAUGGAUGUAAGAAAACAACAAAUUGAAACAAUUGUGCCAUUUAUUGAAAAACGCAAGAAGAUUCUUGAAAACAAAGAAUUUGAUGAAACAGCAGCUUCAUUUUCGUACCUCGACACACUUUUUGAUCUCAAAAUUGAAGGUAGAAAUUCAGGCCCGACAAAUCCAGAACUCGUCACACUAUGUUCAGAGUUCCUUAAUGGAGGGACAGACACAACAGCAACAGCGAUAGAAUGGGCCAUAGCAAGAAUUAUCGAAAAUCCAAGUAUACAAUCGCGAUUAUACAAAGAAAUAAAAAAUACAAUUGGUGAAAAAAAAGUCGACGAAAAAGAUAUAGAAAAAAUGCCAUAUUUAAACGCCGUAAUAAAAGAAUUAUUACGUAAGCAUCCACCUACUUACUUUUCACUGACCCAUGCAGUAAUAGAGCCAGCUAAGUUGGGUGGGUAUGAUAUACCCACGGAUGCAAAUGUGGAGAUAUUUUUACCCGGGAUAUCAGAUGACCCGAAUUUAUGGUCCGAACCCGAGAAGUUUGACCCGGAUAGGUUCUUUUUAGGCAAGGAGGACGCGGAUAUAACGGGUGUGUCGGGUGUGAAAAUGAUACCAUUUGGUAUGGGUCGGAGGAUUUGCCCCGGUUUGAAUAUGGCAACGGUUCAUGUGAGUCUGAUGUUGGCGCGAUUGGUUCAAGAAUUUGAAUGGUCCGUUUACCCAGAAAAUACCCGAGUGGAUUUUAGUGAGAAAUUGGAAUUUACUGUGGUGAUGAAGGAUACUCUCAGAGCUAAAAUUAAGCCAAGAAUGUAAGAGGGUUUUUUACUAUGUUUUGUUAUUUAUUUUUGUUGAAAUUUGUUACUUAGGGUGUGUGGGGUGAGGGUGGAAGUGGAGAGGUUUGAAUAUGUAUUUUAUGACUUUUAUAGAUUUUAUUGUCUAAUUUUGUGAAACUAGUACUAGCUUAUUUAUUGCUUAUAGAAAUUUUGUAUUAAAAUAGUACUACUAAUAAAUUGAGAAGCAUUAUAUUUUUGUA